GAAAAUCAAGCCAAAUUUGUCCAACAACGAGUCACCGAAGUUGAAACGUUUUUUGGUGAUUUGUGCGCUGAACUGGUCAGCUACACGCGACGCACUGCCAAAUUGCGCAACAAUGGCGAUGAAAUUGCUCGGAUUUUGCUGGACUAUUCUGUCAAGGAGAAAAUCAAUCGAUCGUCUUCUGCUCAACUAAAGAAAGUGGCAGAAUAUCUAGCCACUUUGGAAGACUACCGGCACACAGAAACAAAUUUGAAAUCCGAGAACGCAGCACGAAAGCGCGAACUGAAUAAUCGAAAAAAACUGGAACGAUCAAGCACGGCAGAGGCUUCUCGUUUGGCACAAAUACAACUUCACAAUUCUAUUCUGGACGUGAACAAGAGUGCGGACCGAUUGGAAAGAUGCGUUGUCGAGUUCGAGGCACGAAGAUUGAAAGGACUCAAGAACAUCAUGAAAGAUUUCAUUCAAAUCGAAAUGCUCUGGCAUGCUAAAGCUCUGGAGACUUUGGGCGACGCGUUCAACGCCAUGGAGAAUCUGCACGAGGAGACCGACUUGUUGGAAUUCCGUUCCACAUUAAUGCGAACUGGACAAUCUACUGUGUCGUUAAAUCAGUCGGUCAACCGAAACUCUGCAUCAAAUGUUCAAACAGUUCCCAAAGAAACACAUUCCGUGCGAGGCAAUGCACCAAGUGGCGCCCGCAACGGACAAACAUCUGUUCAAAAUUCCGGUGACCGACGACAAGGAAAUCAGAUAAUGAACGAACGUAAGAGUUCAAAUCAAGUAAACUAUAGUACGAUCUAUAACCUUCGAUUGAUCAAUCGCGCUUUCAGUGCAGGCGCAAAAUUUCAAUGCACUUAA